GAGGUGAUUCCAGAGACUUGAGAGUUUCUGGCCUUCUUGCUCUGCUCAGAGUGGACAUCUCGAGUGGGGCUCUCUGACCCAAGAGGGUUGCCUCAGGAACUGCAGGGCGUGCUGUAUGUGAUGAAAGGAUCCACUCUCAGGGAAAGCACAGCCAUGGCUUCCCCACUGCCCCAGGAUAUGGAGGAGGAGCUGGCGCCUGUUGGCUCAGAGCCAGGUGACCCACGAGCCAAGCCCCCUGUCAAGCCCAAGCCUCGGGGCUUGCCCAGUAAGCCAGCUCUGCCUGCCAAACCCAGCCUUCUGGUGCCUGUCGGGCCUCGUCCUCCUCGGGGUCCCCUGGCUGAGCUGCCUUCUGCCCGGAAGAUGAACAUGCUGGCAGGACCUCAGCCCUAUGGUGUCAGCAAGCGUCCACUCCCAUUUACACCAAGGCCUACAGCUGAGGCAGCUACCAGAGGAGGAGAAGUUACCCAAGAGUCUGGGAAAGAGGAUGCUGGGAAAGAAGACUUGCCCCCUUUAACACCUCCAGCUCGGUGCGCUGCCCUGGGGGGUGUGCGCAAGGCCCCUGCCCCCUUCCGUCCCUCCUCUGAGCGGUUUGCAGCCUGUACAGUAGAAGAAAUUUUGGCCAAGAUGGAACAGCCUCGGAAAGAGAUCCCUGCUAGCCCUGACCGCCUCUGGGGCUCCCGCCUCACUUUUAACCACGAUGGAAGUUCUCGAUAUGGCCCCAGGACCUAUGGUGCCUCCUGCCCCAGAGAGGAGGAUAAUAAGACUCCUGCCAAAGGAUGGUCCCAGGAGGGGCCAGCAGAGAUUCCUGCAGAGUGCCAGGAAGAGCAUAGUAAGACUCCUGAGGAAAGGAGCCUCACCUCCAUCCUGGCAAUGAACGGGGACCUGGCUAAACUGGCUAGCUCUGAACUGCCUACCGACGUUUCCAAAACCCGGAUCACCUCAAGUGCAGAUGUUUCAGAGCAUGGCCACUCUACCAGCCCAGUCCUCCCUGCUAAAGUCUCUGUCCCAGCCUCCGAGUCUCCAGGGCUUUCAAGCCACCAGAGUUCUCCCUGCCACUCUCAACUUUCUGAAACCCAGAGUCCUGAAGCUUCUGAGGCUUCCAUCCACCUCCCUGUGACUCCAGCAUCCCCCAGCGCAGCCUUGCCCCAUGAGCCUCCCUGCCAUUCCCCCAGCUCAGAGCUACCUGCUGCGGCAGCCCCAGAAACCCUCAGACCCAACAGCUCUCCUGUGGAGACAGUCUCAGGGCACCACAGCCCAGAGCAGCCCCCAGUCCCCUUGCCUCAACCCCUGACUGAGGGGGCUGAAUUGUCAGACCUCACACGAACGUUCCCAUGUGGGGAGGAGGCAGCAGCUGGGGGUCACACAGAAUCCCGUCCCAGCAGCCUGGGUCAGCGCCGUUUCUCAGAAGGUGUCCUUCGGCCACCAAGCCAGGACCAAGAGAAGCUGGGGGGCUCACUGGCUGCUCUGCCCCAAGAUCAGGGGAGCCAGUCUGCUCUAGAUCGUCCCUUUGGUAGUGGGACAGAGUCUAACUGGAGCUUGUCACAGUCAUUUGAGUGGACCUUCCCCACAAGGCCCUCAGGUCUGGGUGUGUGGCGGCUGGAUUCCCCGCCUCCAUCUCCCAUUACUGAAGCAAGUGAGGCUGCAGAGGCUGCUGAAGCUGGCAAUUGGGCUGUAUCUGACAGGGAAGAAGGAGUGUCCCAGCUGGGACCAAGAACACCAUCAGCUCCAGAGAGCCCAGGAAAGCCUAUAUCUGGGGUUCAGGGAAAUGAUCCAGGCAUAUCUCUACCCCAGAGAGAUGAUGGAAAGAGUCAGACUCAGUCCCCAGCUGUUCUUACCCCUACAGUUGAGGGCCCAUCUGGAACACCCUUACUGCAAGCAAAGGAGAACUAUGAGGACCAGGAGCCACUGGUGGGGCAGGAGUCCCCGAUUACUUUGGCCACUAGGGAGGCAGCCCUACCUGUGCUAGAGCCAGUGCUGGGACAGCAGCAGCCAACACCCUCUGACCAACCCUGUAUCCUCUUUGUUGAUGUACCUGAUCCUGGGCAAGCAUUGUCUACUGAGGAGGAGGUGGUGACCCUGGGCUGGGCAGACACUACCCAGCCCAUGACAGAGGCUCAGGAACCCUGUAGUGUGUCUCCUGAGCCUACAGGCCCUGAAAGCAGUUCUCGAUGGCUGGAUGAUCUCUUGGCAUCACCACCACCCAACUCAGGCAGUGCGAGGCGGGCAGCCGGAGCUGAGCUAAAGGAUAUACAAUCACCAAGUACCUGCUCUGAGGGACUCCUUGGCUGGGCCCAGAAAGACCUGCAGAGUGAAUUUGGGGUUGCAGCAGACUCUCAGCCCAGCGGUUUUGGUCCUUCCAGCUGGUCUCAAGAUGCUUCUCAGAACUACAGCCUUGGGGGCAGGAGCCCCGUUGGAGAUGCAGGUCUUGAAAGAGACUGGAACAGCAAGUGUGGGCAAAGAUCCAGGGAGGGGAGCACUAGGGAGUGGGCCAGCAGACACAGCCCUGGCCAAGAGGUGAUUGGAAUUGGCAGCAGCCAAGAUGAGAGCGAAGUGCCUGUCCAUGAGCGGGCAGUGGGAAAGCUGGCCCAGCUUGGCACUCAGGGCCUGGAGCCUGAUGCACAGGAAUGGGAAUUCAGGAAGAGGGAUUCCCAGGACCCUUACUCCAGCCGUGACAAAGAGCUCCAGGACCACGAGUUUGGGAAGCGAGAUUCCUUGGGUUCUUUCAGCACCCGGGAUGCUGGCCUUCAAGACUGGGAGUUUGGGAAGAGAGCGUCUGUGAGCACCAACCAGGAUACGGAUGAAAACGAUCAAGAACUGGGGAUGAAGAACCUCUCUGGUGGCUAUAGCAUCCAGGAUGCUGAAGAGCAGGACCGGGAGUUUGAGAAGCGAGAUUCUGUACUUGACAUCCGUGCCCAGCAGGACCAGGAGUUUGGGAAGAGUGCUUGGUUAAAGGAUUACAGUGGUGGUGGCUCAAGGGCACUCGGCUCACAGGAGAGAGGAUUCGGAACACGAUCUCUGAGCUCUGGGUUCAGCCCUGAGGAAGCUCAGCAGCAGGAUGAGGAGUUUGAGAAGAAGACUCCAGUUGGCGAAGACAGGUUUCGUGAGGCCAGCAGGGAUGUGAGUCCACUGGAGGGAGGAGCAUCCGGGGCCCUGCUGAGCCCCAGUACAUCUAAUUUGCAAGAUGGAGCUACCAGGCCAAAAGACAACUGGCAAGAUGGUGACUCCAGCCAGGAGAGCACAAGGCUGCAGGGGAGAAUGCAGGCAAAAAGUCAGAGCCCUACCAAUGUGGACUUGGAAGACAGAGAGAGAGAGCAGCGAGGCUGGGCUGGGGAGUUCAGCCUUGGUGUUGCAGCCCAGUCGGAGGCAGCAUUUAGUCCAGGGCGGCAAGACUGGAGCAGAGACGUGUGCAUGGAGGCCUCUGAGAGCAGCUAUCAGUUUGGCAUCAUCGGCAAUGACAGAGUGAGUGGUGCUGGCCUCAGCCCUUCCAGGAAGAGUGGAGGUGGCCACUUUGUGCCUCCUGGAGAGACAAAGGCCGGGGCUGUGGACUGGACUGACCAGCUAGGUCUCAGGAACUUGGAAGUGUCUAGCUGUAUGAGUUCUGAAGGCUCAAGCGAAGCUAGAGAGAAUGUUGUGGGACAAAUGGGCUGGUCAGACAGCCUGGGCUUGAACAAUGGCGAUCUGGCCAGGCAUUCGGGCACUGGAGAUUCUGAGGAGCCCAGGGGCAUGGGAGUUGGGGAGAAGGACUGGACUUCCAACAUGGAGGCGAGGAGCAGAGAUUUGCCAGGGCAGGGAGAUGUAGGAAGGCACAGCCAGGCUAGAGAGAGUGGUGUGGGGGAGCCCGACUGGUCAGGUGUGGAGGCUGGAGAGUUCCUUAAGUCAAGAGAGCGUGGAGUUGGACAGGCAGAUUGGACACCUGAUCUUGGAUUGAGAAACAUGGCCCCAGGGGCAGGCUGCAGCCCUGGAGAGCCCAGGGAACUUGGGGUGGGUCAGGUAGACUGGGGUGACAAUCUAGGCCUGAGGAAUUUGGAGGUGUCCUGUGACCUAGAGUCAGAAGGCUCUCGGGGCUGUGGAGUUGGGCAAAUGGACUGGGCACAGGAAUUGGGACUCCGGAACCUUAGGCUCUGUGGUGUCCCAAAUGAAGUUAGGGAAUGUGGGGUGGGGAGAGUGGGCCCUGACCUAGAGCUAGAUCCCAAGAGUAGCGGCAGUUUGUCCCCUGGUUUGGAGACUGAAGACCCCUUGGAAGCCAGGGAGCUGGGGGUUGGUGAAACAAGUGGGCCAGAGACACAGGGUGAAGACAGCUCGUCACCUUCCUUUGAGACUCCUUCUGAAGACACUGGGAUGGAUACAGGAGAAGCACCCAGCUUGGGAGCCAGCCCCAGUAGGUGUCUGGCUCGCUCUCCACCUUCUGGCUCCCAGAGCCUUCUGGAGGGGAUAAUGACAGCCAGCAGCUCUAAGGGAGCUACUCAGAGAGAAUCAGCAGAUUCCGCCCUCAGGGUUCUGUUGGAGGAAGGAGGAGUCACUGCAGGUGCUGGCCAAGGGGAGCCCCAGGCGUCCAGCAGAGACCCUUUGCCUUCCUCGAGGCCUCAGCCUGAUGGUGAAGCCAGCCAGGUAGAAGAGGUAGAUGGCACCUGGAGUCUUACAGGGGGCGCUAGGCAAGAUGAGCAAGUGUCAGCCCCGCCCCCCCAGCGGCCUCCCCGAGGACUUCUGCCCAGCUGCCCCAGUGAGGACUUCUCCUUUAUAGAGGACACUGAGAUCCUUGAUAGUGCCAUGUAUCGGAGUCGUGCGAACCUAGGGCGUAAGCGGGGCCAUCGGGCCCCAGCCAUCCGGCCUGGGGGUACCCUCGGACUGUCAGAGACAGCAGACUCGGAUACUCGGCUGUUCCAAGAUUCAACCGAGCCAAAGGCCUCCCGGGUGCCAUCUUCAGAUGAGGAGGUGGUGGAGGAGCCUCAGAGCCGCCGGACACGGAUGUCCUUGGGCACUAAAGGGCUGAAAGUCAACCUUUUUCCUGGCCUGAGCCCAUCAGCCUUGAAGGCCAAGCUACGCUCCCGGAACCGCUCAGCUGAGGAGGGGGAGGUGACAGAGAGCAAAUCAAGCCAAAAGGAGUCUUCCGUCCAGCGUUCUAAGUCCUGCAAGGUCCCAGGGCUAGGGAAGCCCCUUACAUUACCCCCAAAGCCAGAAAAAUCCUCAGGGUCAGAAGGAUCAUCGCCCAACUGGCUGCAAGCCCUGAAGCUAAAAAAGAAAAAGAUCUGAUCAGGGGCCAAGGUCCUUCCCAUCUGGCAGUCUCAGGCAGUGCCGUUCCUGUGGGGUCCCCAAGUGAGGAGACAGCUGGAGCCCCACCAGGGCUCAUCCUGCAGCCUCCUUUCCCCUCCACUUCUGAGGAGUGUCUGGGAGGCACAUUUAUGCACUUUGUAUCACCGUCCCAACUUCUUGUACCCCUUCCGCCCCAGCCGGAUCCCUGUCCCCAGCGGUGGGAGGUCUUGUCUCUUCCCUUCACCCUCUUUGCUUCCAUCUUUGACCUCCCUUGGGUUUUCUUUUGAUACCAAUUUAUAGCAUUUUUAUAAAAGCCUUUGAUUUUUGUAAUGGGUGGGGCCCCACCCCAAGCCCCACCCCAGGUCUUCCUCUGCCCUGCUAGGUGCCCCACAGAGACCAAUGACAUUUUACCAGUUGAAACAAUAAAGUUUUUUGGGAAUUGGUGUUGUCCAG